AUGGGAGCUCCGGUCAAAAGUAGUGGAGCAAUAAGCACGUGAGCUUUUCAGAGCUCUGCAGCUUGAUUGGAUAUGUUUUGUUGUUCUGCACGUUUUUGAGAGAGAGAACCACACACACACACACACACAGCAUAUGAGAGAGCGAGAAAGAUAAAGACAAAUACGACGUGUGAAGAAGGGAGAGAAUCAGGAGAUAGGAGAGGAACAGGAGAUAGGAGAGGAACAGAAGGAGCGUGCCGUUGAGCUUUGUUGCUAUAGACACACGAGGACGAUCACUAGAAGAGAAUCUGACAGUAUUUCCGGGUCAAGGAGCAGUGCAGUACUGGUGUACACACGUUUCCACGUGAGUCUUAAAAACGGCUUUUCAUGACGAAGUGGUUUUCGUGUCCGAGAAGACAGGAAGAUACAACACCGUGGAAAAGGUCUUUAUUGAUCAGGCUCAACGUCUGGCCCUUCAGAGGGAGAUAGACAAGGAGUCCCAGUCCACGGUUUCAGUCAGAUCGCUGAUGGUCCAAGCCGACACAGGCAACAGGAUGGUUACCAUGAAGAAGACGAACAAGAAGAGUGGGAAGGACACCCACGCUGAGGAUGAGAUCUCAGAAAACACCUCCAUAAAUCAGGGGAAUAGCGAAGGAGUGAAGAAGAAAAAGAAGACGAAAGUAGAGACUCUGGUAGAAGAAGAGCGGGUGUCCAAUGGGGAAUGGGGGAAUACGGAAGGAGAGCAGGAGAAACAGAAAGGAAAUAAGAAGAAGUUGUUGUCUGGGACUGACACCAACGGUGAGGAAGUCAUGACUAAUGGAAAUGACGGAGGAGGGUGCGGCCAGGAGAAGAAGAAGCAGAAAGGUGUUAACACUGUUAAAACGGAGCUAGAGACAGAACACAGUGGAUUAAGGGACGAGAAAAGAGUCGUGGAAAAUGGGCAGAAGCUGAAAAAAAAGAAGCGCUCUCAGGCAGAAGAGACAGAGAUCAGCGUUGUCAAGGUAGAGGAAGGAGAGGUGAUAGAAAUAAAGAAAGGCAAGAAAAAGAAGGGAAAAACAGAGGAAGAAAAUAAACUGAAAAAGAUCCCUAAAGUUACUGAACCAACUGAGAGUCAGGAGGAGGAAGAGGGGGAGACGAAGAAGAAGAAGAAGAAGGGUAAGAAGAGAGCAGUCGCUGAGAAAGGAGAGACAAAAGAGAAAGAGUGCGGAGAGGCAGAGAAAGAAGUGGUAGUAAACAAGAAGAAGAAGAAGGGAGCUGAGGCUACAGUAGCAGUACAGGAGGAGGAACAGAAUAACACAAAGAAGAAGAAGGGAGCUGAGGCUACAGUAGCAGUACAGGAGGAGGAACAGAAUAACACCAAGAAGAAGAAGAAGAAGAAGGGAGCUGAGGCUACAGUAGCAGUACAGGAGGAGGAACAGAAUAACACCAAGAAGAAGAAGAAGAAGGGAGCUGAGGCUACAGUAGCAGUACAGGAGGAGGAACAGAAUAACACCAAGAAGAAGAAGAAGGGAGCUGAGGCUACAGUAGCAGUACAGGAGGAAGAACAGAAUAACACCAAGAAGAAGAAUAAACCCAAGUCCUCCAGCAGCGCUGCAGACACCACCAUGGACACGGAGACGGAGAGAAAGGAGGAGGGCAAGAAGAAGAAGAGAAAGGCCUCUGCACUAACAGAGGAGGAGGUGGUGGUGGACAAGCGGAAGCCCAAACAUAUGAAAAGGGUGGAUAUGACAGGAGUAGUGGAACAGGUGGAGGACGGAGAGAGCGAGGGAAGGAAAAAGAAGGUGAAGAAGAGCUCCUCUGAGAUAGAGACAGAAAUGGAGGACAGCACCCCUCACCAGAAAGGGAAGAAGGUUAUGACGAAGGGGAAAAAGAAGAUAAAGGUGGAGAGCUGCGACCCUGAAUACCAGGAAAGGGACCAGACGGAUGUGGUUUUCCUGUCAGAGACCAGGGGAAACGCCUUCGAGAUCAAUAUUGAUCAGGGGAGACGCCUGGCCCUGCAGAAUGAGAUCGACCAGAAGUCCAAUCCAGUCCAACUCAAAGCAGCACCGGUACCAUCGGGUUUGGGCCAGUGGGGCACCGCCCAGUUUGACAGUUCCGACCAACAUAGUAAGUUCCUGCGGUUGAUGGGCGGCUUCAAGAAGAGCGGGCAGCCAAUAGCAGCGAGCGGUGCGACGGGAGGGCGGGCCAACAUGGCGCUGACUAAAGACGGACAGCAGAGCUUGCAGCAAGGCCUACUGGGGGAGUUUGAGCGCGCUCAGUCGCGCCGCAUGGACUUCACGGGAAGGGGGGCGGGACUUGGGUUCUCGGCGCCGUCCAAUAAGAAGUUCUCGAUUGACAUCAACACAACCCGAUCGGUGCGCUUCGAUGACUGAGUCGGGACGGACCCUUGAGUGUGCGUGUCUAGCAUCCAAAAUGGAUUUGGAUGAGUGUGUGUGUGUACCUUUUCUCUUGCAGGGUCUUGGGAGUGUCUGUCGGUGAAUGUGGUGUGUAUGAAUGUAUAUACGGUACCAGUCAGUAGUUUGGACACACUCAUUCCAGGGUUUUUCUUUAUUUUUACUAUUUUCUACAUUGUAGAAUAAUAGUGAAG